CUUUGUCUGCACUUCUGAAAUCUAAAACAACAGAUUUUGGGUUGAAAUAAACUGGGACCAUGGGGCUCGGCACGGGGAAUGAUGAGUACACGUUGACGGCAACUUCUGAGAAGGAAAUCAAAAAGACCAAAAAGGGUAAAAAAAAGAAGAAGGAUGUGAACGAACUGAAGAAAGAAGUGGAGCUGGACGACCACAAGCUGACAUUGGAUGAACUUUCUCGCAAAUACGGCACUGACUUGAAUAAGGGCUUGUCUUCAUCCCGUGCAAAGGAGAUCUUAGAGCGUGAUGGACCUAAUGCCCUGACCCCACCUCCUACAACUCCAGAAUGGGUGAAGUUCUGCACACAGCUGUUUGGUGGGUUCCAGACACUGCUGUGGUUUGGUGCAUUUCUUUGUUUCACGGCAUAUGGAAUCCAGGCUGCCUCUAACGAAGAACCAGCGAAUGACAAUCUGUACCUGGGACUUGUGCUAGCUUUUGUUGUCAUAGUCAACGGAUGGUUCUCAUACUAUCAAGAAUCCAAGAGCUCUAAGAUCAUGGAAUCUUUUAGGAACCUUGUUCCUCAGCAAGCGUUAGUUGUGCGUGAUGGAGAGAAAAAGGUCAUCAAUGCGGAGGAGGUAGUCGCUGGUGAUCUUGUGGAGGUCAAAGGUGGAGACAAAAUCCCAGCUGAUCUCCGAAUCAUCUCUGCACAUGGAUGCAAGGUGGACAACUCCUCCCUCACUGGUGAAUCUGAGCCCCAGUCUCGUACUCCUGACUUCUCCCAUGAAAACCCCCUGGAGACGAGAAACAUUGCGUUUUUCUCAACCAACUGUGUUGAAGGUACUGGAAGAGGGAUUGUCAUCAACACCGGUGACUGUACUGUCAUGGGUCGUAUUGCAUCACUUGCCUCCAGUCUAGAUGGUGGAAAAACACCAAUUGCUAAAGAGAUUGAGCACUUUAUCCACAUCAUCUCUGGUGUAGCCGUCUUCCUGGGUGUGGCCUUCCUAAUCCUGUCCUUGGUACUUGGAUAUGGGUGGUUGGAAGCUGUUGUUUUCCUUAUUGGAAUCAUUGUCGCUAAUGUACCUGAAGGUCUCCCUGCCACUGUAACUGUGUGUCUGACUCUGACCGCCAAACGUAUGGCGAAGAAGAACUGCCUGGUGAAGAAUCUCGAAGCCGUGGAGACUCUUGGCUCGACCUCCACCAUCUGCUCUGACAAGACUGGAACUUUGACCCAGAACCGAAUGACCGUCGCUCACAUGUGGUUUGACAACCACAUUCACGAGGCAGACACCACAGAGAACCAGAGUGGAGCCUCCUUUGACAGGAGCUCUGCUACUUGGGCCACCCUCUCACGUGUUGCUGGCCUUUGCAAUCGUGCUGUUUUUCGUGCUGAACAGAGCCAUCUGCCAAUCCUUAGCCGAGAGACAGCUGGCGAUGCCUCAGAGUCUGCCCUGCUGAAGUGUAUUGAGCUGUGCUGUGGUUCAGUCAUUGAAAUGAGAGAGAAGUACACAAAGAUUUGUGAGAUCCCUUUCAACUCCACCAACAAGUAUCAGCUCUCAGUCCACAAGAAUCCCAAUUCUUCAGAGUCUAAGCACCUGCUGGUGAUGAAGGGAGCCCCUGAGAGAAUCUUGGAUCGAUGCUCUACUAUUUUGAUUCAAGGAAAAGAGCAGCCUUUGGACGAUGAAAUGAAAGAGUCAUUCCAAAAUGCUUAUGUAGAACUUGGAGGUCUUGGAGAAAGAGUGCUGGGCUUCUGCCACUUUAGCCUCCCUGAUGACCAGUUUCCUGAGGGUUUUGCAUUUGAUACUGAAAAUGUGAACUUCCCCACUGAGAACCUGUGUUUUGUUGGCCUCAUGUCCAUGAUCGAUCCCCCUCGUGCGGCUGUACCAGAUGCUGUGGCCAAAUGCCGGAGUGCUGGAAUCAAGGUUAUCAUGGUUACUGGAGACCAUCCAAUUACAGCUAAGGCUAUUGCAAUGGGUGUUGGCAUCAUCUCUGAAGGCAAUGAGACUGUGGAAGACAUUGCUGCACGUUUGAACGUUCCUGUUGGAGAGGUCAAUCCAAGAGAUGCUAAGGCCUGUGUGGUCCAUGGUGGAGAACUGAAGAAUAUGAAUGAAAGCGACCUGGAUGAGAUCCUCAAAUACCAUACAGAAAUUGUUUUCGCCAGAACUUCUCCACAACAAAAGCUGAUUAUCGUGGAAGGUUGUCAGCGACAGGGUGCCAUUGUGGCCGUAACCGGUGAUGGUGUCAAUGAUUCUCCUGCUCUGAAGAAGGCUGACAUUGGUGUGGCUAUGGGUAUCGCUGGAUCUGACGUAUCCAAACAGGCUGCUGACAUGAUUCUUCUGGACGACAACUUUGCCUCAAUUGUCACUGGAGUAGAAGAAGGACGUCUGAUCUUUGACAACUUGAAGAAGUCUAUUGCCUACACGCUGACUAGUAAGAUCCCUGAGAUGUCACCCUUCCUCAUGUUUGUCCUCAUUGGUAUUCCUCUACCUUUGGGCACCGUCACCAUUCUCUGCAUUGACCUGGGCACUGAUCUGAUUCCUGCUAUCUCAUUGGCUUAUGAAAAUGCAGAAAAUGACAUCAUGAAGAGACAACCCAGAAAUGCUCAAACAGACAGGCUGGUGAACGCGAGGCUAAUCAGUAUGGCAUAUGGUCAAAUCGGUAUGAUCCAAGCAGUUGCAGGGUUCUUUACCUACAUCGUGGUUAUGGGUGAGAAUGGAUUCUGGCCCAGUUAUCUGCCAGGACUUCGAGUUGGUUGGGAAGACAGAUCUAUCAGUGACCUGGAAGACAGCUAUGGUCAACAAUGGACCUUUGAGGCCAGAAAGAUUAUAGAGUCCACUUGCCACACAGCAUUUUUCAUCAGUAUUGUGGUUGUGCAGUGGGGUGACUUGAUCAUUGUAAAGACCAGAAGAAAUUCCAUCAUACAGCAGGGAAUGAAAAACAAAGUCCUCAUCUUUGCCUUUUUUGAGGAAGCUGCUCUGGCAGCUUUCUUGUCCUACUGCCCAGGCAUGGACGUUGCCGUCAGAAUGUAUCCUCUAAGACCAUUGUGGUGGUUCACUGCCUUCCCAUACUCACUUCUCAUCUUCAUCUAUGAUGAAGUUAGAAAAUACCUCCUACGACAGAAUCCAGGAGGCUGGGUGGAAAGAGAAACAUACUAUUAAAUCAAGACGACG